UCUCUAUCCCCCAUUUAAUUUUCAAAUUGUGAAGUUUUCCUCCUUCUUUGUUUCUUUCUAUUUCCUCUCUUUUUAAUUUAUUCAUCAAUGGCAUCUACCAAACUUAAAAUUCCCACCAUAGACUUUUGCAAUCUAGAGUUAAAACCAAACACUCCACAAUGGGAAUCCACAAAAGUUCAAGUUUUUGAAGCCUUGAAAGAAUUUGGUUGUUUUGAAGCAAUAUAUGAUAAAAUUCCAAAUGAAAUUAGAGAGGCUAUGUUUGAUACUUCAAAAGAAACAUUUGAAUUUCCCACGUCCAAAUUGAUAGAAUAUAGAGAGAAACCCUUUCAUAUCUAUGAAGACCAACUUCCAAAUCUACCACUCUUUGGUAGUGUGGUCUCUGCUGAUUUGCUCCUCCCAAAUAGUGUUGAAACUUUUGCCAAUACCUUUUGGCCUAAUGGAAACCCCAACUUUUGCAAUGUGGCAAAGUCCUUCUACAAGCCAAUUAUGGAAUUGGAUGAAAUGGUGAAAAGGAUGAUUUUGGAGACUCUUGAGCUAGAAAAUUACAUUGAUGAAUUCUUGGAUUCCAAUAUUUCUGUGUUAAGAUUUAUAAAGUAUAAGGCAAAUGAACCAGGAUUACGUGCCCACACAGAUGGUAAUUGCAUUAGCAUAAUCAAACAACAUCAAGUUGGAUUGCAAGUUCUCCACAAAAAUGGAGAGUGGAUUGAGUGCAAUGCUUCACCAAAUUCCUAUGUUGUUUUAGUUGCAGAUGUUAUGAUGGCAUUAUCAAACGGUAGAUUGUCAUCUGCUCACCACAAGAUCGAAGUGACAGGAAAUAAUAAUAGAUUCUCCAUUCAAGUGUUUUCAACAGUAAAACCAGAUUAUAUUGUGAAGGUCCCAAAAGAACUAGUGAAUGAAGAAUAUCCUUUACUCUUCAAGCCUUUUAAAAUGCUUGACUUUUAUAACUAUACUAAGUCAGGUGCUAAAAAUGGACAUGGUCUCAAGAAUUUUUGUGGUCUUUAAAAAUUUAGUAGCUAUGAAAAUCUAUUUAUGUAUUGUUUUGAUAAAUAAAAUGUAUUGUAUAAGUGGUGGAAUAUUAUGAUGUAUUGUGUUGUAUUAUAUUGUACUGUAUCAUUUUAAUGAAUAAAAUAUAUGAGUGAUUGAAUAUUUUUGAA